AAGUACUUCCUGUUUUUAUAUUAUGCCCUGAAGCUUUAGAAUGCUACUAAUCUGAUGCUUUUCUAGGGUUUGCUAUCAAUGUGAACCACAUUUCUUGCAUAAAAAUGACCUCUAUGAUGAAUCUCAGAGUGUUUAUGAGUGAACGCCUCUCUUCAGCAGCUAUCGAAAUAUUUGAUGAGGUUGAGAAAGUCAUAACAUUGUACGAGGCUGAAGUUACUCGUUCUAGAGAAGAGGUACGCUAUCUCCAAAAGCAGCUGGAACUUCAUCGACUGAAGGAUCAUCCAGAUAUCAACGGAAUCGUUAUUCGAGAAGACGCUAGCAUCACUCCCCGACUGGUGAACAUGGCCGCAACAAUUAAAAGAGAAGAAGGAUCCACACGAAGCAUGGAUGAUAAAGAAUCUGAACACUCGCAAACGAACGUUGACUCCACAUAUACAAACAAUGCAAUCCAGUUAGAUAUAUCCAAGAUCAAAGAAGAAAGAGAGGUCAUGUGCAUUGACAGUGAAGGGUUGGAUGUUCACACGACUACUACCACAGUUAACAUCAUGAAUAGAGAUAGAGACCCAGAACAGCCAGACAUGGAGGUCAGGUCUACAUAUGAAAUAGCAGACUUUCUUUCAAUGUGUCCAUCAGCUUUGACCAGUGAUCCACAAGAGGAGUGGAGUAAACAAAGACAGAAAACCAAAGAGUCUGCAUUGGCAGUCCAAAGAGAGAGCAACGGUUUAGGUUUGAAUCAGGAGUUGACACCGCUGCCUCUCGAAAGUGCCUCCACAAGGAAUCAGAACUCCGACCAAAGCUUUUGCCAUUUGUGCGGCAAGCCGUUUCGGUACAUUGGCUCUCUCAUGAAACAUAUAAAAAUGCACGACGACCACACGGUGAUCUGUGGUAUAUGUAAUCGGUCAUGCCACAACAUAAACGACCUGUUAAAUCAUCUGAGGUGCGCUCACAGGGGUUCCUACUUUUGUCACAUUUGUGGCAAAACGUUCUCAAAACAGUGUUUUCUGAUUAUACACUCCAAGCAACAUAAGGGGUUGAGGCAGCUUGCGUGUGAAGACUGGCAUCAAAGUUCUAGCACGGGCGCAUUUUGAAAUUGCAACUCAUGAUGAACAAGACCGGUUUGCUCUGAACUCAAUCAGAAGUUGGUUACCAUUUGAGGUUGUCUUUUAAGAGAUCUCCCUCAAAAUAUACAGUAUAUUUUACACAAAAUGUUAAUAUAUUUUGUAUACAUUUCCAGUUUUUCUUGUAUAGGUGCAUCAUAAGUAUUAUUUUUUAAAUGUAUUGUUCUAAGCACUUGUUUUAUUUAUUGUUCUCUGUGAUGACAAUGUUUUAUUAUGUUUGUCACAUUAGUAAUAUAUAUGUUGUAAGUCUAUCUUUGUUUUUAUUUUUAGUACCAAAGAAGGAAGGAAAUUCCUUCUUAAAGACAAUAAACUUCCAAGAAUCCUCAAAG